AUGUUUCGGCCAGUAUUCAUUUUUAAAAUAUUAAUUCUAUCACUUAUUGUUAAUUUUGUGCUUGUUGUAUAUUUCUUAUUACAAAAUUCGCAUCAUCAUUUUCGUAUUGUUAAUAAAACUGACUAUUUCGAAAAUAAUGAUUAUUAUUCUUUUUAUGAAAAUAAUCCUACACCAACAAAUAUCAAAACUAUACCUAUGCCAAUGUUUGUUAGUAUAGAAAAUUCAAUAUUAUUAUUAUCAAAUAAUUUUCAUAUUAUAUCAAAUCAAAAACCUACGAAGGAUCUUCGAUUAGCUAUUGGUCGUUAUUCAAAAUAUAUAUCAUCAUUAACAGGAACAUCAAUAGAGACUGGCCAAAAUUUUUCUCCUUCAAAUAAUAAACUUAUUAUUGAUUGUUCAUCAAUUAUUUCAAAAAAAAAUAAAUAUCCAAAACUUGGUGAAGGUGAAUCUUAUACACUUAAUGUAACAAAAACAGGUUCAUAUUUAUAUGCAUUAUCAUUAACAGGUAUUAUUAGAGGUUUAUCAACAUUUAUUCAAUUGAUUGAACGAAAUACAUCAUCCGAUACAUUUUAUAUUCCAUUAGUAAAUAUAAUUGAUAGACCUCGAUUUAAAUGGCGAGGUUUAUUACUUGAUGUAUCUCGUCAUUGGAUGCCUGUCGAAUACGAAAAUCCUGCAAAUCUUGGAUUUCGAUCUUCAUCAUUAAUUAAUGGAUGGUCUCUUUGGAACAUUAGUUUUCUUAUAACAAAUUAUAAACAAAUUCAAAUUCAAUUUAGUCGAUUUUCAUUUAAUUCACAUAUUGAUAAUCGAACAAUUCAUUUUGAAAUAGAUUAUUUAAAUCAAAAACGUCUACGAUCAUAUAUACAUAUAAAUCAAUCAAAUAUUAUUCAUGCUUUAGUAGAAAUACCUGGUUACUAUUAUGAAAGUGAAGGCAAAUUAUUUGCUAAUUAUACAAAUUUUUUCAUAGAUUUUCCAAUAAUUGAAACAAUAAUUGGAAAGACUAAAAAACAAUCUCAUAUUCACUUCGAAUUUUUAUCAUUCGAUACGAAUCUCGUUUUAAAUUUGACAUCAAAUUUUCGAAAUGAAUAUUCAUUUAAUUCAAUUCAAAAUUUUACAUUUUAUAAUAAUUCAUUAUAUCAAUCAGAUAUUAAAACAUCAUUAAUAAUGAUGAAAAUGAUUCAUUAUCAAUUAUUUUCAUUGCAUUCUUUUAUUCAAUAUGUUCAAAAUUCUAGAAUUCUAGAUUUAUGGAAUGGAUCUAUUACCGUACCAUCAUUAUUUUUUUCUAAACCAUUUUUAUUACAUUAUAAAAAAGAUUCACAAUUAUUUAUACAAGUGUUUAAUUGGGCUAAUUUAAUACAAACAUCAACGAAUUAUGAGAUAUCAACAAAAUUUGGUUUUCAAUUAUCAAUUAUUAAUGAGUUAUCAACAAAAAUUCAUAUUCAUCUUGAACAAAAUUUGAUUGGUAGACGUUUUUCAUUAUUUUUUGAAAUAGAUCGUAAUUGGAUUAUAUCAUUAACUGUAAAUAAAAAAAUUCGUUAUGAAUUUAUUUCAUCACCAAUCGAUUCAUUAUUAUUAUUAAAACGAAUUCAUAUAGAUACAAAUACAAGUCAAAUAUUACCUAUAAAUUAUUAUACAGAUAAUCAAACAUUAAUAAGAAUUGAAAUUUUAUUUACAAAAAUAUUUUCAUCAUUUAUAAAUAAUUUUAUUUUGGAUGUAUCAUUAAAAAAUCAUAGUUUUAAAAUAUUAUGUCACAUACCAUUAUUUAAAAGAGAAUUUUUUUCUUUAACAUGGGAUAGAUAUAUAAAAAAAGAAUUAUUUCAUUUUCAUGGUUUAAUACAAACGAAAUUAUUACGGCGAAGACGUUUUAUUGAUUAUGAAUAUAAUUGGAAUUUAGCGUCAUUUCGGGUUUGGACAUUUGAUUCUGGUUUAAGACUUUUUUCAUUUGAUCCUAUUGAAUUUAAUUUAAAUCUAACAAAUGAUUAUUUAUGGUAUGGCAAAUGGGCUAUUGAUUUUUAUUUAAAAUUAAGUAAUAAUCGACAAUUAAUUCGUUUUAACCAUAAAUAUCAUUAUACAACACUUCGUUCCAAUUUAUUAUUCGAUCUUCAACUUAUUAAUUCACAUUAUGAUCUUGAUUUCAAUUAUUAUCAUUCAAAUUAUUCUAUUCAAGGCCAACUUAUUAAAAAUAAACAUAAACAUUCAAUAAAUGGAUAUUGGAAUACAACAGCUAAUAUUCUUCAAUUGGAUACAGAACAAAUGAAAUCGAUGACGUUAAUUACAUCAACGUUUAUUAAAUCAAUUAUUGAUAUACAUCAUCAAAAAAUAGGUGUUUUAAUUGAACACACUACAAAUAAUUUUACAAAUGAUACUCAAAUCAUAGAGUGUAAUCCUUAUUUAAUAAUUCAAAUUCGUCCACGAUUAUUUGUUAUUCAUUAUUAUACAUUAAAUGAUGAUCUAUCAACAAUGAUGUUUGAAUGGUCAACAUUUUCCUAUUUAUCUUGGAAUUAUACAGGUCAUGGAAGACGUAUAAUACCUAUAACAAAAUUUGAAAUAGAUAUUCGUACAAAAUACAUAUUUCAUCUUCAUACAUCAACUUUUAAAUAUUCUUCAAUAUAUAAUAAUAAAAAACGUCAAUUAGUUAUUCGUCGAGAACCAAUAGCCGAAGAUGCCGAUGAUCGUUAUAUAUUCAAAAUGAAAUUUCAUUCUAAUCGCACAUUUUUAAUACAUCUUCAAGUACUAAAUAAUCAUUAUGAACUUAUUGGUGAUCCUUUUGAUGAAAAUUUCCAUUGGAAACUUCAUGGAUAUUUUCAACGUGAUCGAUUUAAUGGUUCAUUAUCAGUUUCUAAUAAUGAUUGGUGGUUAUCAUCAAAAUUAAAUUUUAAUUCUUCAUUUUAUAUCUCUACAGGACGAUAUGUGCAAUUAAUUUCAACAUCAGAUCCUCAAAUAGCUUUUGAAUUUCUUUUAAAAUCUCGUCUUCAUUUUGCUUUUCAAUAUUCAGGUUUACAAUCUAUAAUAGCUUUCAAAUUUUUUCAUAAUUCUUCAAAUAUGAAUAUAUAUUUUUCAUCAAAGCCAAUUAAUAAAACAAUGUUUAAUAUUAAUUUUCAAUUAGACAAUCAAAUUAAUCAAAGUUGGAUACUUGAAAUACAUAAUAAAAGAUUUUUUUUAUAUAAUCAUAAUCAAGAAUUUAUUUUCAAUGGUAGUUUACAUGAUUUUUCUUUUCAACAUUCAGUUGAUAAUAAAAAAACUGAAUUUUUCAUUGAUGAAAAUACAAUUCAACUUCAUACAAAUAAUUUUGGUAUUAUUAUUUCAAAUCUUACCACAGAUACAACAAAAUAUAUACAUUUAUAUAAUCACAAAACAAAACAAAAUUUAACAAUUAAUUAUUAUAAAUUAGGAAGAUUUAAUACAAAAGAUUAUAAUAUACAAACACCUAUUUAUGAUAUAAAUCUUCUUUAUUAUCCAACUAAUGAUGAAAAUCGUUAUAUAAAAAUUUUUUUAGAACUUUUACCAUUACAAAUGUCAUCAUUUAAUUUUGUUCGUGGUCGAUCAUUUCGAAUUGGUUAUCAAACGAAACAAAAAGAAUUAAUUUUAUCUGGAAAUCUAGCAUUUACUAUUGAAGAUAUUUAUAAAAAACAAAUAAUAAUUAUGAAUGAACGUUGGAAAUUAAUCUAUGGUAACAAGAAACGAGAUAAAAUUUAUAUUAAAUGGAAUUUAAGAAUUGAUUUGAAUAAUAAGACUCUUCAAGGUCAAAUAAAUAUUCAAGAUCCAAAUGAUGAAAUGUCAAUACCUGUUUAUAGUGAUAUUAAUGGACAUUUAAAAGACAUGAUGAUAGUGACUACGAUGCGUACUAUUUAUUCUUCAUUAGACAAUUCACCAAAACCUAUUAUUCUUGAAUUAAGCAUUGAUCAACGUAUUCUGACUCAACAAUAUUUUUCUAUAAAAUUAAUUCAUGAACCUUCAAAAACAAAUCUAAGUUUAACAAUCGAUCAUCAUCCACGACGAAAAUUACAUAUUCGUCUAAAACCAAACAGAUUUUCAAAUGAAAAGACUUUCAUGCAUUUGUAUGCAAAUACAACCGAAUCUCAAUUAAAAUUACUUUUAAUACUUGCUAAUCUAAUAAAUUUUAAUUUAACUUUACCUAAAUCAUAUCCUGAAACUGGCUUAUUACAUUCAUCAUUAUUUAUUGAAAAUGAAGAAUAUUUUGAUGGGCGUCUUGAUACAACAGCAUUAAUAUUACGUUCAAAAAAAUAUACAUGUAACAUUAAACUUGAUCAACUUAUAUUACAAAAAAAGUCUCCUGAACAAAUUCUUGCAUCGAUUUAUUCACGAUGGAUUGAACGUAAUUCAACAACUGCACUUAUAACAAUUUUUAGUAAAACAGACUUCAAACGAAAAUCAAUUCCAAUUUGGCAAUCAGCUGAACAAAAAACUUGGCUUCAACGUUUUCAACAAUUUUUAUUUGCUAAUAACUUAACAUAUCAGUUUUCAAAAGAUUUUCAAACGUUUUUCAAGUAUUUGAAAACUGAUUUUAUAGAUGAACAUGAACAAUUUGGUAUACAGUUAAUGAAUUAUAUGGAUUUAGAUGAAGAUUUAAAAUUACAAUUACAACAAAUUAAUUAUACAACAAUGGUUCUGAUUGAAACUUUAUUUCAAAUAGGUUUUCAUACUGAAAAUCUUUUGCAAGAAUAUAUGAAUAAUCUUACUUGUUUAAUAAAUCAUAAAAAUUUAUUACACCUUGAUAUAUCUCAAUUAGCAACAUUAACAAUUGAUUCAUUUAUAUUUGAAAUUGUUUAUUAUGUAAAUAAAACAUUAACUAUAUUCAAUCAUUUAACUCAUUAUCCGCGUUCAAUGAAUGCUUUUAUAUCUUAUAUAAGCAAUGAAAUUAUUUUGAAUACAUAUAAAUUUAUAAAUAAUUUAUAUUUAGAAACAAAAAGGUUUUUUCUUCCAAAAUGUAUUCAAUAUUCGUAUGAAGCAGAGUUCUUACUAAAAAUGUUUCCUUUUUUAUCUGAUUCAAUAACAUAUUUUUCAUCCAAUGAUAUUCGUACAAUUAAUUAUUUGUUUAAUCAUCGAUUACGUCAAUUACUAUCUAUAUGGAUGAAUUCACCAAUUGAAUAUAAAAUAAUGAAAACAAUUGUCAGCCAAUUGAUAGAAUUUAUUGACAAAAUACGUUUUUAUCUUGAUGAUAAACUUGAUUUUUUGCUUCCAAGAUUACAAGUUUAUACUCCUCAAUUAUGGACUAAUAGUAGUCAGAAUCAAACAUUUUUAUUAACUUGGUCAAAACAAUAUAAUCUAACAUAUAUUAUUAAUGAUGAAUGA